AUGAACCCUUUUGUAAUGGAGACCUAUAAAAAUAGAUCAUUAAAAGAUCCAAAUAAUUUACCUUUACCACCAGUUGAUAUUAAUGUAACCGAAAUAACUAAAUCCCUUCAAAAAAACUGGGAAAGAGAAAAGUGGAAUAAUUCUAAUUCUUUAUUAUCUGCGAUUUGGAAUACCUUUUGGAUUAAAAUGUUGGUCGCCAUUUCAUUUGAAACUUUAAAUGAUCUUCUUACAAUAAUCCAACCCCAGUUCUUAAGGUUUUUAAUUAUGGGGUUUAAUACUAAUGAGUCAAAAUAUCCUGCCAUUCAUGGAUUGUUCAUGGCUCUAGCUAUCUUUUUGACAACUGUUUCAUCCACCCUAUUAAACAAUCAAUUUUAUAUCACUAUAUUUCAAGUAGGUCUUGGUAUAAGAGGAUCAAUGACAUCUUUGAUAUAUCAAAAGACUCUUCACCUCACCUCUGCAAAUAAAGAUGAAUUUUCUACUGGUGAUAUUAUAAAUUAUGUUGCAGUUGAUGUUUUAAGAUUACAAAGAUUUUUUGAAAAUGCUCAAACUAUCAUUGGUGCACCAAUCCAAAUUGCUGUGGUGUUAUUUUCUCUUUACAUGUUAUUAGGAAAGGCCACUUUAGCUGGUAUUAUUCCUAUGAUAAUAAUGAUUCCAAUAAACGGGCUUUUAUCAAAAAAAGUGAAGGCUUUGUCAAAAAUUAAAAUGAAAUAUAAUGAUGCCAGGGUCAAGGCUACUAACGAAGUCUUAAAUUCGAUUAAAUCAAUUAAACUUUACUCUUGGGAAGAACCCAUGUUGGAUAAAUUGAACCAUAUACGUAACGAUUUAGAAUUAGAAAAUUUGAAAAAAAUUGGUAUUACAAGUAAUCUGAUUCAUUUACUCUGGAAUUGUCUUCCUAUCUUAGUAACUUGUUUUACUUUUGCAAUAUUUGCAAGUGUUAAUUCUCAACCGUUAACACCUGAAUUAAUUUUCCCAUCUCUUUCUUUACUAGUCAUUUUAAAUGGUGCCAUUUCUUCGAUUCCUCAAACUAUCAACUCUAUAAUUACAACAAAAGUGUCAAUAGAUAGAGUGCAGAAGUUUUUGUCAAACAAAGACAUGGAUACUUCCUUUAUUGAGUAUAUUAAAACACCUGCCUCAUCAGCAAUAACUACCAAUAAAGCUACCACUCCAUCAAUUGAAAUUACCAAUGCUACUUUUUUAUGGAAAAUACCAACUUCAUCAAAUGAUACGCUUUCUAUUAGUGAUGAAGAAGCUAAUAUUGAUAGAACCCAAGUAGCCUUAAGAAGUAUUGAUUAUUUUAAAGCACAAAAAGGACAACUUACAUGCAUUAUUGGUAGAGUAGGUGCUGGAAAGUCGACAUUAUUAAGAGCCAUAUUAGGUGAGCUACCUUGUAUUAGUGGUUCUCAAACACUUGUUCCUCCAAAAGUUAUUAUAAGAGGGGAGUCCAUUGCAUAUUGUCCUCAAGAAGCUUGGAUUAUGAAUGAUACUAUUAAAAGUAACAUUCUAUUUGGUCAUAAGUAUAAUGAACUAUAUUAUAACUUGAUACUAGAGGCAUGCCAAUUGAAAAUAGAUUUAGAAAGCCUAUCUGAUGGUGACGAUACAUUAGUAGGUGAAAAGGGUAUAACGUUGUCUGGUGGUCAAAAGGCAAGAGUAUCCUUAGCAAGAGCUCUUUAUUCAAGAUCAGAUAUUUAUUUACUCGAUGAUAUAUUAUCUGCUAUUGACGCUGGGGUUCGUCAAAAGAUGACUGAACUAAUAUUCGACGAAGAAAACGGUUUACUAAGAAAUAAGACAGUGGUAUUAACAACAAAUGCAAUCAGUGUUUUAAAACAUGCGCAAAGAAUAUAUGCAAUGGAAAAUUGCCACAUUGCAGAGGAGGGAACGUAUAAAGAGGCUCUACAUGAUGAGGGAAAAAGGCCUAUUCUUGAAAAAUUGAUAAAAGAAUUUGAUAAGAAUAGUGAAGGGGAUACAAACGAUGAAGAUGUAUCAGAAGAUCCGUCAAAAGACUUUGAUGGGGAUAUUGAUGAAGAGGACAUAGAAGAGUUAAACAAUAACAGGUUUUUUUCAAGGAAGGCUUCCCUUGCCACUCUCAAAACAGAACCAUUUAUUAAAAAAGUAAACCCUGAAGAUAAAUCAGGACAAACUCAAGAAACAAGUCAAGUUGGUCAUGUCAAAAUGUCAGUCUAUAUUUCUUAUGCUAAAGCUUGUGGUCUUGUAGGUGUUAUGUUUUUCUUUAUUUUUACGUUACUUACCAGACUUUUAGAUUUAACUCAAACAUUUUGGUUAAAAUACUGGUCUGAAAAGAAUCAAUUAGUGGGGGAAAAUAAAAAUGUUUUAAAAUUUGUUGGAAUAUAUGCCUUUUUUGGAUUGACAACAGUUAGCUUUAAUACCCUUAGAACCAUCAUUUUACUUUUGUAUUCUACCUUACGAGCUUCGAAGAGGUUGUAUGAAGCAAUGUCACUUUCUGUUAUUUAUAGCCCAAUGGAAUUUUUUAAUACCACUCCAAUUGGACGUAUACUUAAUAGAUUUUCUUCUGAUAUGGAUAUGGUCGAUACUAGUUUACAACAUAUUUUUAUGGUAUUUUUCCAAUCGAUUAUGAAUUGUGUAGUAACAAUUGUUUUAGUGGGUAUUUCUCUUCCAUUAUUUUUGUUAUUCACUACUAUAUUAAUGAUAUUCUAUAUUUAUUAUCAACGAUUAUUUAUUGUUCAAUCAAGAGAAUUAAAAAGAUUGACUAGUGUUUCUUAUUCACCAGUUAUUGCAUUAAUAGGAGAGACAAUUACAGGGGUGAGUGUUAUUAGAGCCUUUAAACAUUAUGCUCUUUUCAAUUUUAAGAACAAUGAUAAAGUUCAAUUCAAUAUAAAUUGUCUAUUUAAUUACAGAUCCACUAAUAGAUGGCUAUCGAUAAGAUUACAAACAAUCGGUGCAGUUACAAUUUUGAUUACCGCCUUACUAGCUUUAUUGUCAUUAAGAUCAACGAAACCUCUAUCUGCUGGUAUGGUUGGUUUAUUGAUGAAUUAUGUAUUACAAAUAACAACAUCUUUAACGUGGAUUGUUAGAUCUUCUGUAUUAUUGGAAAAUGGUAUUAUAUCAGUGGAAAGGAUACUUGAGUAUACUGAGUUGACAAGAGAAGCUGAAUCUAUUGUUAGGGAAUAUCGACCAGAUCAUACUUGGCCACAAAAUGGUAAUAUUGAAUUUAGAAAUUAUUCAACGAGAUAUAGAGAGACUUUGGAUCCGGUAUUAAAACAUAUAUCAUUUAAAGUAAAACCAUCUGAGAAAAUAGGUAUCGUAGGAAGAACUGGAGCUGGUAAAUCAACAUUAACAUUAGCUUUGUUUCGUUUACUAGAACCAAUUACUGGAACAAUUAUUAUAGAUGGUAUAGAUAUCACUAAAAUAGGAUUAUACGAUUUACGAUCAAAUAUUGCUAUUAUUCCCCAAGAUGCACACGCCUUUGAAGGCACUGUGAGAUCUAAUUUGGAUCCUUUCAACAGAUUCACCGAUAAAGAGGUAGUUAAAGCUAUUCGUUUGGCCCAUCUUGAAUCUCAUUUAGAAAGACUAUCAAACAACACUAAAAACGAUAACAAUCAACCUACACAGUUUAAUUAUUUGACUCUUGAAAUAAAAGAAAAUGGGUCAAAUUUAUCAGUUGGUCAAAAACAACUAAUAUGUUUAGCCAGGGCUCUUUUAAACAAAUCAAAAAUCCUGAUAUUAGACGAGGCUACUGCAGCUGUUGAUCUGGAAACUGAUAGAAUUAUUCAAGAAACUAUAAGAUCUGAGUUUAAAGAUAGAACAAUACUUACAAUUGCUCAUAGAAUUGAUACUGUUAUGGAUAGUGAUAAAAUCCUUGUUUUAGACCACGGCGAAGUUAAAGAAUUUGAUACCCCACAAUCACUUCUUUCUAAUACAAACAGUAUCUUUUAUCUUCUGUGUAAAAAAGGUGGUUAUAUUAAGCCAGAGUCUAAAAUAAACUAA